AUGGGGACCGCAACCAUCGGCCGGGCCCUGACAACCGCCUGGCACCCACUGAUCGCGCUAAUUGCCGUGAUGCAGCUGCCCCUGCUCCUGCUCUCGCAGCGGGAACCAAAGGCGUUUGGGCAGCCCCUCCAUGCCCUGCGCCCCCCGCUGCUGCCCGUGGCGCCCUGCCGCGCCGGGGUGCAGCCACGCACGCCUCUGCUGGUGCGGGGAAGGGUGGAGGAGGAGCCGGGGGCCUUGGCCAAGGAGGGGGAGCAGGAAGACCGUGAGCUGUCCCGGGGGGAAGACAUCACCAUCUACAGCAUCUGGGUCAACCCCUCGGUCCCGGAGCUCUUCCAGGACCCCCAUGCUGGUGCCCAGGAGGAGCCCAGCAGCACAGAGGCGGCAGGGGCUCCCACAGACACCGAGGCGGCAGCUCCUGCCCUGGCCGGAGCUCCUGAGGACGAGGGGCACCGCACGCCGCCCGCCACCGCGGCACAAGAGGAGGGAUCCGACGGGAAAGCGCCCAUGCGCGGGGAGGGCUCGUUGGGCUCGGCCGCCCCUGGGUUUGUGCCCCCGGGGGGGCGGGAGGGAGGCGAAGGGCUGCUGGAGCUGCGCAGAUCCAUGGCCCGCACGCUUUCUCCGUGCUACUCUGCUGACCUCAGGCCGGCGUCGGAGAGACUUGUCUCGGCCGUGGGCUGCACCGUGCUUUUGACGAUACCGCCGCUGAACGCCAGCAAAGCUGUCUUCUGGGAAUACAAAACCGGCCCGCAGGAAGGAGUCAUCGUCAGCUAUGCUUUCGACAGACCUGCCAACACGUCUCGCCCCUACGAGAAUCGCACGAAGUUCAACGAAACGGACUUCUCGCUGCAGAUGGUGCUGCGGCGGGGAGACGACGGGCUGUACCGGGUCAGGUCCGAGUCGGAGGCCACGGGCUGGUUCCAGCUGCGCGUUGUCGAACCGCUGUCCGAGCCCGAAAUCGUGGGCAACUCGUCGGUGAAGGCAGGAGGCAACACCAAACUGGUCUGCAACGUGCUGGAAGGGAAGGCGGACUUUUACUGGUGGAAGAAAAACGGGGAGCUGCUGCUGGGGAGCGACCACAUCCAGUUCGUUGACAACAGCACCCUGUGCAUCGUUAAAGCGUCGAUGAACGACAGCGGCUACUACGCCUGCGUGGUCCGCAACGAAGUCAGCCAGAACGAAACCUUCUUCCUGCUCCACGUCCAGAACGCUGCGAACGUGGUGCUGCCCGUGAUCCUGGCGUGCGUUGUCGUCGGCUCGCUCGCAGGUCUCUGCGUCUGGUGCAGGAGGAGCGCCCGCCGGUGUCACAACCGCUGUAGGCGGAGAGCGUGAGCGGCUGCCCCCUUGCUGCCUUCCCCGACGGUGGUGGAUGC